AUGGCUUCAAACACCUGCCAGGAAGGCAAUUCGGCAAAUGGCACUUGUGAAACUGUGGCUAUGAUGCAGAAGCCACAGCUGAAAACGACCCCAGUGAGGGGAGGACCUGUUCCCCAGAUAGAAUGCCAAGGCUUCAAAUGCGAGCGAGGAGUCCCUGUCGGCGGAGUCCAUCGCGGAAAGAAGGCAUUGGCAGAGGGUGUGCCCAACUCUGGGUUCGACGUGAACUUUGAUGGCAAGAAGAGGAAAGCGUUCCUUCCUGGCGCUCAUGUCAUAGACGACACCACGGUGCAGUAUGGUAUUAAUGACAAGUACUACUUGAUGAAAUCAGACACCACGGAUUACAGCAACCCAGCAAACUUCGAAAAGGUGAAGCUGGCCGGGAAGACAAUGAUCACCGAGAUCAGCCUCAACGGAGCCAACUGUGGUUGCAACGUCAACUUUUUCUUGGUGAGCAUGCCGGCAGGACCGCCUGGGCAGUAUCACGACCACUACUGUGAUGCAAAUUGCGUGGGUGGAAACUGCUGUGCCGAAUUUGACAUCAAUGAGAUGAAUGACCAUGCAUUGCAGAUCACAAACCACAAUUGCUAUGGAAAUCCGAGCAAGGGCAGUUGCGACGGCGAUGGACAUCCCAUGGUCAGAUUUGGACCGCCAGAGUAUGGGCCUGGAAGUUGGCACACCAUUGACACUACCAAGCCCUUCACCUUUGCACUUCAAGUCCAAGAGAACAUUGCUGGUAACAACGACCCAGACAACCACCUGAUGGUCUAUGUGCGCCUUUGGCAGAAUGGCAAAACUGUCAUGAAGCAAUUUGGUGGAGUAGGCAACCCAGUCAACUCACAAUGGAAAAACUUGGCGGAUGGCAUGGUCUUGGUCGUGGACUACUGGCAGAGCCAAAAUCUGAACUGGUUGGAUGGAGUUGGCUGCGGAUACGGCAAGGAGUACUGUAGUGGCCAUCGCGCAGACCUUUCAAAAAUGCAGAUCAUCUCCAACGACUUAGAGAAGGCCGAGGAUUGCCCUGGUGUUGGCAGCUGCAAAUGCGAUUGGUUCAACGCCAAGACAAUGGCCUACGGCGAUGAUGGUACGGGCACCUGGCAUUCCCCACCGAAUGCUGGUGCCGGUGUGGUGGAUGCAAAGCGACUACCCUCACCCCGAGAUGCCUCUGGUCCGGCUACAAGCCGAAAUGGACAUGAUGGAGCCGCUGAAUCUGAUGGGACUGGAACCGCCUUGGGUAUUCUGGAGGAAAUGUACACAGUCCAAAAUCGAUUCGGGAAAUCAUACCCUGUACAGUACAUGUUUGCCUUACAACUAUUUACAACAUUUUAUGACGAUUUGUACAGCCUUGUACAAUUCAAUCUUCUUCUUCGUCAUCAUCACCACCACCAGCAUCAGCAGCAUCAGCAGCAUCAGCAGCAGCAGCAGCAUCAUCAUCAUCACCACCACCACCACCACCUGAAAAAACAUAUGUUUGGGUUUAACCACUGGAUGGCUUGUUCAGAAACCUAG